AUGCGUUACUUAGCUGCUUACUUGCUUUGCCAAUUGGGUGGUAAAGAAAAUCCCACUGAGAGUGAUUUAAAGAGCGUGCUAAACUCGGUUGGAAUUGAACAUGAUUCAGAGAAGCUCUCAUCGGUCAUGUCAUCACUUUCUGGAAAAGAUAUAACACAGUUGAUUGCCGAAGGAUCUAAGAAGAUUUCAUCAGUGCCAGCUGCUGGCGCUGUAGCUUCAGCCCCAGCACAAAGUGCACCUGCCGCUGCUGCCAAGACAGAGGCUCCUAAAGAGAGCAAACCUGCCAAGGAAGAAGUAAAGGAGGAGUCCGAGUCAGAAGAGGACAUGGGCUUCGGAUUGUUCGAUUAA